CUUUAGUGACCGUGAAUGACUGGGCGUUUGUUUGACGUACAUGUACAGACCUCUACCUGGUUGACUCGCUUAAAGACGAUCAGAUCAUACAGCAUGGGACUUGCAUGGUUUAAAGAUAAAGUUGAGAAGGUUGUUACAAGAAAAGCAGCUACAAGCAGUGCUCCUGUACAUGAUGAUAACGAGGCUCAAACUAAGAGGCGAUAUAAUCUCAGGAAAAGAAGGGGGCAGGACGAGAUGGUGAAUAAUCACUGUUCUACGAAUGCUAGUAAAAGUCGACGAAUAAUUUUGCCACAAAACGAUGGGCAAACAAAAGUUUCAAAAUUGAAAACAAAUGUAUUGAUUAGAAAAAGCAAAAGGGGAGCUACCAAAAGGAUGGUUUCAACAGAACAAGCCAAUGAAAAUAACAGAUCAUCACAUAAAACACCAAAAGGGAAUCAGGAGAAAAGAAUUCCAACAAAGACUCUCAACAGAAAGAAUAAAUCAUCUAUGAACACAAUUGCUAACAGUCGCAAAAAUGCAAAAACACUUAAUAAAAAGUCGGGCAAAUCUACAUCUGUUAAUAUAAAGAAGAAAAUCAACUCUUUAGCGGUUACAGAAACAAAGGCAUCAUCAAUAUUAACUCCUGCAUUAAAAAGAAGAGUACGCGCUCCUCCGAAAGGACAACAUGAGAGUUCACAGAAAACAAACCCGUCUUCUCAAAAAAAGAGAAAAGCAGCUCGAGUGAAGAGGUCGACUCCUGAGAAAAAACUGCAAAUUAGAACCCAGCGAUCAAAGAAAGAUAGAUGUUGUAAAGAGUUGCCAGGAAUGUUUGCAGAAUUGUUUCUGGAGAAAUUAGAUUUAGUAUCUUGCAUUAAUGAAGGUAACAGUUCAACAAUACAUGGAAUAAGCGUUACUCAUGAUAACCUGGUGUGGGUGAACUAUCUGUCGUCGAAGCAGGUGAAACUAUACAAUUCUGCUGGGGAGCUUCUUAGAUCUUUUGAUUUAGACUACCAUCCAGUUUUCAGUUCUUGCAUGCCAAAUGGCGAUCUGCUGGUAACACAAGGCUACAGUUAUGGGGCAAAUCCUACCGUGGAAUUAAUUUCACGGGAAGGAAACACAAGAAUGCUAGCAGAUCUUUCUACACACACCGAAAAACUGUGUGGAAUUAUUUGUCAGGACGAGAGAAUAUACGUCAUAGGUCACAGCUACAGGUACAUCAUUCUUAAACUUGACAUGAACGGAGAAGUAGAGAAAGUCUUUGAAACAAAACCCGAACGCAUGAACAUAAAUCAUAUUAUUUCUCAAAAUGGUCAAAUUUUUGCCCUGAAUACUAACAUUUUCUCCGCGCUUCUACUGGGUUCUGAUAAAAUUUCAUCUGAGGUUAUUAACAAAGUGAUGGUUGACAAAUCAUAUUCAGCAAGUGCGUCUGUUGACAACUUUGGAAACAUUAUUAUCGGAGUACACUCACCGGUAUCUAAGAUUGUCGUAAUUGAUCCUAGACUAGAGCGUAAGCACGAGAUAGAUUGUGAUUUCUCAGGGAGUGUUUGUGCCACAGCUGUCGACAAACAAAACCAUCUCUGGAUUGGAACUGAUGAUGGAAAUUUGUACAUUGCAAAAUAUCUUAAAUAAAGACCUUUAUUUUAAUGGCAAGACUAAUAAUAUAGAAAAGCAUUAUUGUUGGUUUUUUAUGCUGAUGUUGAAUUAAUUUUUCCUUAAUAACAAGAGGCUCACAGGCCUUGACGGUCACCAGAGCCCUUGGAUGGACUGGUCAAGUAUAUUUGCAUUUUAAGCUUCAGUUUCAGUCUUAAACCUAAUCCGAUAUUUCUCAUACAAGUAUCCCCACUUUAUUAUUUGAUUAUCAAUGUAUACCCUAGCUCCAGGAGCCAAUAAAUGUUAACUUUUGGUAAAAAGAGACUUACAGGCUUUAAAUGAUCAAUCUUUUUUGUAAUCUUUUAUUAAAAUCAAUGUCAUAUUUUUACACAUCAAUAUAAAGUAUCAACAAGAUAACUAUUCACAAACCUUACAAAUAAUCACAAAUAUCUUGAUAAAUAUUUUUCUUAUAUAAUCAAUCUUUCUUAAAACAGUGUUUUGAACAUUCAAUUUACCUUUCAAUACAUAAAGAAUUUUUUUCUUUGACAUUGUUUCAUCAUGAAACCUACAUUUCAUUUGUAUAUUGUAUAUGCAACAAAAGCUUUUAAAUUGUUUAAAACCAAUGUUUUUUCGUUGACUUCAUCGUAAAAUCCAAGUACAAUAAUUUUCCAAGUAACAGUAAACUUAAGAAAGGAACCAAUUUUUUCAAAAUAGGUUUGACAAUUUCACAAUCAUAUGAUAAAUGUUUUAUGUCUUCCUCAGUGUUACAGAAGGUGCAAAAUGGUGAUACAUCUUUAUUCCGUUUACUUACAUAUACAUUAUUAUUCAAUAUAUCAUUUAACAGUUUGUAGUUAAACUCUGCUAUUCUUUUCUCAUACAUGUUCUUUAUUUUUGACGCAUAUACAUUUUUCAAUAUAUACCCUUCCUUAAUGUUGAAUAUUUUCUUGGACCGAUUUUUGAAAUUUAAUAUCAAUGAAUAUUGAGUAGUAAAAAUUGCUUUUUGUAGAUCUUAUAGAUUUUGUAACAUGGUUUUUAAAAAGAACAUGUACAUCAUUUUUUAUAUUUAAGUACUUUGCAUAUGAACAAUCAAAAUUUUGUCUAAAAUGUUUGACAGCUCUUUUUAACAUAACAUAUUCACAAAUUAUAUUGUUCUUUUCAACUAAUUUGUUUGAAAAAUAUGUUAUAUUAUACAUUUCCCCAGUUUCAUCAAAAAUAUCUUUCACAUAUAGUAUGCCACCCUUAAGCCAAUUAUAAAAACAUAGUGGUUUUGAAUCGUAUUGAACAAGUUUGUUAUUCCAUAAAAAUUGGCUUAAAAACUCAUCUCUUGUUACACUACCAAUCGAUGUUUGUAUUUUACAACUAUUAAAGGCAUUGAAUACGUUUCGAUAAAACUGCGGUAGCGUUUAUUAUUUCGAAAAAAUCGGAAUUGUUUGGAUUACACUCAUUGGUUUUAAUAAUAUCAAAGACUGUAAUAUUGUGUUGUUGCAAGAUCUCACUGAGUGUUCUAUGUGUAAUACUUUCUGGAUUUACUUUCCUAUCUAACCAUGAUGCUUUAGCAGCGUAAAAUUUACUCUCUACAUCGAUUAUCUCGAUAUCACCUUGUUCAAUUUUUCCAAUUAACUUGUUUCUCUUUAGUCUGUCUCGUUUUUUUCCACAAAAAAUUAUAAAUCAAUUUUGAAACAUUUUUUGAAAAAUUAAACAUCUUGGUUCUGUAAAAUAUUAGCAUUGUAUAAUAUCUUUGAGAAAGCAUAGGUAUUUAUAAUUGUACAUUUUCCAAAUAUUGUAAGAUUUCGUUUUUCUAAAUAACUUGUCCAGUUUUUCUCAUAACAUUCGCUUUUAUCGUGUCAAAUAUAAAUGCCUAAAGAUUUAAUGCAUGAAUUUGUAAUUCUUACACCUCUUAUAUAGGUUUCUUCCGCGUAUUUAUUUACAAGUGGGCCAGUUAAUAGGCAUUCU